AUGUUGGAUAAACAGGGAGCUGUGGGACCCGCGAAACCUGCAGAUAGGCCGGAUGAUGAGGUCGAUGAUCCGCUAUAUCUAAUGACAUUGACCAUCCCACAGCUUUUUCUGAAGCCAUUGCAGGUUAUGUGGGAUGCUACCUUGUUUGGCCUAUUUAAUAAAAACUUCCCCUUGUACAUAAAGCAUGAAGAUCUGUCUGAAAUUGCACACGGUGGUCAAUGUCUCAGCAUAUCUGUUAUACAGUUGUGGAUUCUGCAUAUGACUGAGACAAGUAUGCGAGCCGGGAAUAUCAAUGUGUAUGGAUUCCUCGAGCCACAGUCUAUCCAGAGAUCUGGCCAAUCAUAAUUUGAAUCAGAAAAUUACAUUAAGAAUUGGAUGCAAAAUUCAAAAUGGGAUGUGUACCUAGGAGCCUACCU